ACAUAAAACUCUCUUCAUUUCAUACCAUCUUCAGACUAAGGACUUCGACUGAACGAAGUGAGAUGUGCAAGAUGAUAUACUUUGUCAUUAUUAUGUACAUUACUUCAUUACCUCAGGAGUUCAUGUCAAAGAACAGGUCGAUGUAUGUCACGCACAGUGACAUCUGAAUUCAAUUUUAUCGGGAAGUGUGACGUAACUAACUCUCGUCUCAAAGGACCGGAUGAUCCUGGUUUCUCGUUAGUCACGGAGACGCAGCGUGUGUCACAGGCCCUUACAUUGGGCUUCUUGCCAUUUGCUUGUUCGUCCCUAUCUGCGAGUUCUGAAUCAGUGGAGCCCAGCUAUUUCCAGCAGAAAAGUUCCUUGUCGAAGGAGCUACAAGGUUAUCAAGGCGCGAAGACGAGGCAGCGCGGUUGCUGCGAUGGCCGGGUGGCGGAGGCUGGUCGUGGCGGCGCUCCUGCAGCUGCUCUUUUCACGCGCCCUUCCUGCAGACAGCAAUUGCUUUCAAAAUGGGGACCUAUCACAAGGAAGUGGAUAUUUCAACUGUUCAAAGCCACGUCUGAACUUCAAUGACACUAGAAGUAACCUCACAAUGGACCUUCGCAACAAAAACAAUAAUACUGUAUUCAGUCUGUCACUCACCAGAACACCCGAUGCCUUCCACCUCAUUACUCUCAAAGGAAAUGAAUCAAUCAGCAGCACACAAUUUCCUCUUCCUGACUCUUCAAAUGAACUGCGUCUAAAUAUCAACCGCUCAAGUGUGCACGCAAAGACUCGGGGAACAUGGCGGAAGCUGGACAUUCCGGAGACAGAAGACAUCUUCUCCUUGUACUUCCGAAGUCACCCUCCCAACCCUGUUUUCUGCAUCACGUGCCACGGAGGACACAUCUGGGAAAACAACAAAGCCUUUGAGCGAGACACCUCUCAGAGCACUGAACAGGGUGUCGUUCAAUCCACUCAGAGCACUGAACAGGGCGUCGUUCAAUCCACUCAGAGCACUGAACAGGGCGUCGUUCAAUCCACUCAGAGCACUGAACAAGGCGUCGUUCAAUCCACUCAGAGCACUGAACAAGGCGUCGUUCAAUCCACUCAGAGCACUGAACAGGGCGUCGUUCAAUCCACUCAGAGUAAACCAGAAACAUUGUGGCCGCUGUGCUUCAUUCUUCUGCCAAUAUUGGGCCUCCUACUGUACAAACGAAAGUACCUAUGUGGAGAGAUGCAGCUGCCGUGUCAGGUCCUCAGGACCUGUUGCCACAAGACUAACGGAGCCACGACGGAAAGUGAGCAAGAAAUGCCUGGACUUCUUCACCAAGCUCGGAGAGAAGAAAGUGAAACGGUGCAUGUUAAGGGCGAAUUUGAAACGGGUCAGGCCGAAAGGGAGGAAGGUGAAACAGAAAAUGACAUGUACAUUUCUGCUGAUGCUGUUCAACGAUGUGAAGACGAAGAAUACGAAGCAGUGAAUGACAUUUACGUUUCUGCUGAUGUUCACCAUUUCGGAAACGAGGAAUAUGAAACACUGAACGAUAUAUAUAUCAGCUAAUGAUUGUUAGUAUGGCAGUUGGGUUAAACAUAAUAAUACUGAUAACCACAAGCCUGGUGCCAGAUUGACUGUGAGGGAGGAUGAAGAUACAUGAAAACUAUAUGUAUGUGUCUGCUAGUGUUGUUCAACAAUAGGCAAGUGUCAGAUACGAAAUGCUGGAUGACAUGCACAUUUCUGCUUAUGUUCACAGGUUCAGAAGCGAAGGAUAUGAAUCAGAAAACACACACAUAGAGAUUGGCAGAUAUAGAUAUAGAUUUAGAUAUAAGACGGUAUAAAAAAGCAAUGAUCUGAUUUGCGCUUUCACUACAGUGAUUUCAAACACGCACACACACGAACACACACACAUUAUAUAUAUAUCUAAAUA